AUGGGAAAAUCCAAUAAGAAAUCAGCUUCCAAGGUCGAUGCAGCUCCCGCUGUUGCCGUACCCACUAAACCAAUGAAAAAAGGUAAGAGAGAAGCUGAGGAUGCUCUAGAGAAGCAUCUGGUGAGUGCUAAGAAGCAGAAGAAGGACGUGGAAGUGGGGAAGAAGGAUGAGGCUAAGGCUCAGAAGAAGAUCGUCAAAAAGAAAGUGAAAUCUUCUUCAAAAGAACAGCUCAAGGUUAAGGCACCCGGUAAGAAGGGAGGAGCAGUGGUCAAACAGCCUGUGAAAGAAUCUAGUAGUUCUGAAGAAGAAACGUCUUCUGAUGAUGAGCCUGUUGCCAAAUCUACUUCCCUCUCAGCUAAAGGCCCAAAAGUUGAUGCCAGAAAUGUUGUGACCAAAAAUAUCCAACAAUCUAGCAGUUCAGAUGAUGAUAGCGAUUCUGAUGAGGAUGAAGUUCCUAAAACAAAGGUACCGGUGCCAACCAAGAAGCCUGUGGUGGCUGUUAAGAAUGGAACUGUAGAGUCUGACUCUGAUGAUGAAACUAGUGAUUCAGAAGAGGAUGCAAGUGCACUCAAGAUGCCUUCUUCAGUUGCAGCUAAGAGCAGCAAUGUUGCAGUAACGAAGAAAAAUGAGUCAAGUGAUGAUUCUGAUUCUGAAGAUGAGUCUAGCUCGGAUGAUGAUGUUGCAGCAACCAAGAAAGUUCCUGCUACUGUGACUAAAAACACCCCUGUUGCAGCUUCAAAGAAGGAUGAGUCGAGCAGUGAAGAUGAAAGCUCAGAUGAAGAUGUUCCUGCAGCUAAAAAUGGCUCAGUGGUUGCUACAAAGAAGAAAAAGGAUUCCAGUGAGGAAUCAGACUCUGACAGUUCUGAGGAAAGUGAUGAUGAACAGCCUCAACAGAAAAAGCUGAAAGUUCCUAUCCCUGCAACUCCAAAUGCUGUUAAACCUAGCUUAAAAGCUACAGAAGAGGAUGAUAGUAGCAGUGAAGAGGAAAGCUCUGAUGAUGAUGAACCAUCAAAAAUGGAAGGGGUAAAGAAGUCUAUUUCUGCUUCAAAGGAUAGCAGUUCAGAGGAAGAGUCUUCAGAAUCGGAGGAAGAAGAGAAACCUUCCACAACUCCCAAGAAAAAGGAUGCUGGUGUGAAAACGACUCCAUCAAAGGAGACUCCCAAGACGCCUGCUACUCCUACAGCGCAAAACACAGGCCCCAAAUCUCUAUUUGUGGGGAAUCUUUCCUACUCAAUUGAGCAGGCAGAUGUUGAAAAUUUUUUCAAAGAUGCUGGUGAAGUUCUUGAUGUUCGCUUUGCCACGUCUUCUGAAGAUAAUUCAUUUAGGGGCUUUGGCCAUGUUGAGUUUGCUACUGCUGAAGCAGCAGAGAAGGCCCUCCGUGAAUUGAAUGGUAAAGAUCUGCUUGGUCGUCCUGUGAGACUAGAUAUGGCGAAGGAAAGGGGAUCAUACACUCCAAGUGGUGGCAAUGAGACGAACUCAUUCCAGAAGGGAGGGAGGCCUCAAGGGCAAACAAUAUUUGUUCGUGGUUUUGAUAAAUAUGACGGUGAAGACAAGAUUAGAGGUUCUCUUGAAGAUCAUUUUGGUUCCUGCGGUGAAAUUACAAGGGUUUCCAUUCCAAAAGAUCAGGAUGGUGGUGUUAAAGGGAUAGCCUAUAUUGAUUUUAAGGAGAAUGCCGCCUUCAACAAAGCUCUGGAACUUGAUGGAUCUGAAUUCGGGGAGAGUUCUCUGUCAGUGGAAGAGGCUAAGCCUAGAGGUGAUAGUGCUGGUGGUGGCAGAGGUGGCAGGAGUGGUGGCCGGGAUAGUGGCGGUCGCUUUGGUGGUCGAUUUGGAGGUGGCCGUAGUGGUGGUGGUCGAUUUGGAGGUGGCCGUAGUGGUGGUGGUCGCUUUGGAAGUGGAGGUGGUGGUCGCUUUGGAGGUGGAGGAAGAGGACGUGGAACUCCUGGGAAGCCAAGCAUGUUUGCUGCUGGUGCAGGGAAGAAGACUACAUUUGGUGAUGACUAG